CGCGGAGCUGACUGUUUGUCGUGGGCCCUCGGAUGCCCCCACCCCCACCUCUCUCAUCCCGCGUCUCGACGGACCAAACGCUGCAGCAGCAGCAGCAGCAUCACCGGCAGCCUCCAAACUGCGUUUUCCCUGCCGUCAUGGAUCCGUGUGUAAACCGGUGAGCUGCAGUCACAAAGGCAGAAGACCAAGAAGAAAUGACCGCAGCGAAAUUACGCCUCACAUCCUGAGGAUAAAAGGCAAACAUAGAUCUAGAAAUGUUCUAGGACCGUCUUGUUGUUUACCUUCCGACAGAUAAACAGCCGGGUGACAGUGAUAUUCCAUCCGUCAUGUAAGAGCUGGAUAACUAUUCCUGUGUGACCGACACCCAUCCGCAGCUCAUUACAAUGCAAUGAAAAGGAUCAGCCGUCCAGGUCUGUAGACCCUUACUGACUGAAAACAUGUUUUAAUAACAACACGUGUGCCACCAUGAAGGGGUUAGGAGCUAACCGCAGUCGCCACCUGUCUGACUCCUGUGAACCAUCGGGAUGCCCCCAGAAGCCUCUCUGUCCUUUGACUUCUGAUCCUCAUGGCUCCUUUCUAUUGAGCCCUACCAUAAACCACUAUGGCACCCUGGACCCCCAUCUUCAUCAGUGCCCUCCAACCAGCCCCACCACCUUGACCCCAGACUGUCUGUUGCCUUUCAGCCAGAUGUCUAACAGCAGCACCUUCCCUCGUCUCCACUUCACCUCCCAGACAGAGCAGAUUGACUGCUCCCAGGGCUGUUUGGCUGGUGGUGGUGGAGCUGGACUGGCUGGCAGGGGAGGCACAUUAUCCACCUCCUUGUCUAUGGGUAUGGGCUUAGGCUUGGGUCUUACUGGUGCUCCUAUGAUCACCAGUGGAUCAGCCACCAUCUCAUCUGCAGCAGCUGCCAAGAUGAAUCGGUUACCAUCCAACCUUUUGGAUCAACUAGAGAGGCACCUGCCGCUGCAGCGCGAUGGCUUCAGUACCCUGCAGUUCCACAGAGGACGUAUGUCUAAGCAACGCAGUGAAAGUCCAGGACGAAUUCGCCACCUGAUGCACUCUGUGCAAAAGCUUUUUGCUAAAUCUCAGUCCCUAGAAAACUCAGCAAUCAAAGGCAGCCUAAAUGGUCGUUCGACUGGUACGACAGGGGCUGGAGAGGAAGGUGGGAGACCAACUCGCAGGAGCAAGAGUAAAGACAGGGCUAAAACUGAAGGUCCAAAGCAGAGACUUAGGCCAAAUGCAUUGGGUCUGUGGAGCUCAGAUGAUGCCCUGGACACUGACACUACCAAAGCUGGCACUAUUGCUGUAGGUUACCGCAACCCACUGAGCAUGAUGACUCUUGGCAGAGCCGUGUCAGACAGCCAGGCUCCUCCCAGACAUAUCCCACAGGGCUACAACACCAUUUCUGCACAUACUCUCAAAACCUCGAAAAGCAGCAGUGACCUCAAGUUUCUGGCUUGCCCAGCAACACAGGUAGGAUCGAAGGAUGAACAAGGAAGAACUAGAGGAAGCAAGGAUGAUAUGUUGGUGAAGAGGGGCUCCUGGUCCACUCUCACUCUUAGCCAGGCCAGGCAGGUGUUACAGAAGGGCUCCGCUACAGUCAACAGGACACUGCUUAAAUCAAAGUCCUGCCACCAAGACCUGGCAAACCAGUUCCUUCAGGUAGGAGGACCAGUUCCUUUAGGGGACUGGGCAGGAACUUUGGGUCGGGGUCGGGCAAGAGGUACUGAGAUCCCAUGUCGAAGGAUGCGCAGUGGCAGCUAUGUUAAAGCAAUGGGAGAUCUGGAGGACAGCGAGGACUCAGAGGGAAGUCCCAAACCUUCCCCUAAAAGUGCCGCCCGGCGUCAGAGCUACCUGAAGGCCACACAACACUCCCUGAGUGAGCAGCAGCCGCCACCACCUCCAAGAAAGCCUCGUUGCUACGCUCUCAUGCGGGAGGAUUUUCUGUGGUCUCCGCUGCAGAGUGCAUGCUCUAUGCAGCAUCUGAGCACCCUCCCGUCGCUGAAGGAGCUGCCCACUAAUCGGAGCCUUGAUAACUUAGACUGCUUGGUGAGUCCCCUGGAGGCCCCUCCACGCCACAGGAAUAAUGAUUUCAGCCAAUGUUCCGGCACGCUGGGCAGAGUCUCAGGUAGUCAGCGUGUGAGUCUGCACACGUUCUUUCAGGUAUGCGGGCAGGGCUGUGGGCACUCAGUGCCCUACUGUGAGGGGGAAUCCCAGGCAGUGGAGGCUCUGGAUCUGCCUGCACCCACGUGCUUCCGGUCACGCAGUCACAGCUACCUGCGGGCCAUCCAGGCAGGCUGCUCCCAGGAUGAAGAUACAGCUUCUGUGGACUCAGAUUCACCACCACCCACCAUGACAAGCUACAAUACCACAGUCGGCAGUAGGAAGGCUCCUCCUCCUGUCCCACCUCGCACCACCUCGAAACCCCUCAUCUCAGUGACACUGCAGAGCAGCACCGAAUCAGCCCAAGACACAUACCUAGACCAGCAGGACCGUGGCAGUGAAGCCAACAGCCAGUCAGGACGCAGUAACUCCUCUGACAGUCUCUGUAGCAUCCGCACGGGCAGCUUGGUCAAAGGAACCCAGCCUCCAGCCGCUGCCCCAGCUGCUACUCCUGCACCAGCUGCAGGCUCUGCUGUGCCCCCUGUUCCAGCUCCUCGUGACCUCCCUUCCACUACCAGCGCAACCUCCACCACUGCCACCGCCACCACCACUACAUCCACAUCUACGCAGUCCCAAAAUGACACCCUGAGUGUCUGUGUCACCCUAGAGCAGGCUCCAACUGCACCGAAGAGGAAACUGUCUUCUAUUGGAAUUCAGGUGGAUUGUCUUCUGCCCAUCCCUAGGGAGGAACCACUACCCCUUACUGCACCUCUAAGAUUUCAGUCGAUUGGAGUUCAAGUUGAGAACGGCAGGCCUCUCAGCCGAGACAGCAGCAUGGCCUCCAGACAAAACACAGAGGCCGAGCCCCUGGACAUCGCACCCACAGAGAACAGCACACCCAACUGCACCAACGGUCAGAAAGUGAAUAGCGCCGCGCCCAAUGGACAGGACAAAGCCAUGGAGCCACAGCCUCUUAAACACACCUCAGCCUCAUCCAGGAUAUCCACCUCGUCCCCUGAGACUCUCGACCCGGCAUUGGACCCCUCCUCACUGCCGCCCCCAGAUCCAAGUCUGGAGACCGGAAACUGCAGCACACAGAAUGAUGCUGUUCAGUCCAGCACACCAGCUUGCCUCAGAGAUGGUAACUGGUUUCUGAAGCUGCUCCAGGCAGAAACGGGUCGCAUGGAGGGCUGGUGUCAACAGAUGGAGCAGGAGACCAAAGACAACAAGCUGUCAGAGGAGGUGUUGGGGACAAUUCGCAGUGCGGUUGGCAGUGCCCAGCUUCUUAUUUCACAGAAGUUUGAACAGUUCAGGGGGCUGUGCAAUGAGAAUUUGAACGUAAAUGCCAACCCCAGACCAACAGCACAGGAUCUGGCAGGGUUCUGGGAUCUGCUGCAACUCUCUAUAGAGGAUAUUAGCAUGAAGUUUGAUGAGCUCUACCAACUGAAAGCCAACAACUGGCAAAUCCCUGAGGAGUCACAAAAGAAGGAUGAAAACAAGCAGCUUCCAUCAUCUGUGCCAAAGAAGCAGUGUAAGCCCAAACUGUCAGCGGGGAAGGACAGGAGUGUGGACUCUGCUGUGGACAAGCAGCGGCAAGAAGCCAGAAAGCGUUUGAUGGCAGCAAAGCGUGCGGCAUCAGUGCGACAGAACUCAGCCACGGAAAGCGCCGACAGCAUCGAAAUCUACGUCCCCGAGGCCCAGACCCGCCUCUGAGAACAAACCAGCAGCGAUUAUUGAGAGAAAUCCUAACUCACUUCAGACUUUUCACUGACACAAACACUCAGAUCAGAGACGAACACACAGAAGUACAAUGGAUGCACAGAGGCCGAUCCCUCUUAGCAGCACAGCUGAUAACAAGAGUGUGGGGAUCAAAACAAUUCAGAAUAAUGCAGAUCAUCACUCUGCUGCCAUUGGACAGAAACAACCAGAUGUUUAAUACUAUUGUUAUUAUUGAUAUUAUAAUAAUUAUUAUCUCCUAAAAUAUAUCAAGACUGUCUUAAAUGUGCAAGUAUCUUGGAUAAGGACAUCCUGUACCUUGUGAGCUGAAGAAUCUUGGUAUCCCAGAAGUUUACUCUCCUAAUUUCCUUCACUGCUGAGUCUACCGGCAGUUGUUGCUGCCUGGUUUACAAGCUGAGCUACCAUCCACACACACUCAGGAUACACAUGCAGGUGUACUCACUGUCCACAGAGUCUUCCUGUUCUCCUGUUCUCUAUUUGUAUUAGGCUGCCACUCAUUGGGUGUGGUGUGUACGCUUUAAUGUGCAAGAAUUCUAAGAUGACGUUAAUGUACUCAGAGGUUAAAAAUGCAGAGAACCAGAGGAAGGCAGUAGCAUAUAUAUUAUAAAUAUCACACUAUUACAAUGUUCAUUUUGUAAAUGUUGUAUACCAGAUUAUUUGUUAGAAAGAGGUCAGUGUUCAGUACCAAGGUAGUUUUUUAUAGAUCGAGUACAUGUACUGUCAUGAAAUAUUAGCACUUGAUGCAAUCAUUCACUCCACUUCUCUCGCUUCCUCUCCUUUUCACAAACACACACUGCACAGUCUGUGUCUGUGAAUACUCAUUGUUAAAGUCUUAAAUUUGUUUAUUUUUGUGAAGGCAUGUGAGGAAUGACUGCGCAGCCAGUGAGCUUCAGUGGAAUGUAUGAAACGUACGCAUUUACAGCUCAUUCUGACUUGAUCACUGCACUUUUCCAUUCACCUCAGAUCAAGUUUGUCCACCUCUUUCACUGCAUCCUCAUGUGAUGUAGGGGACCAAGACAUUCUCCACUUUAUAUGGCAUUCCCAUUCAACCAGGCUGUGUGAUAGGGUGGGGGUUUACAUGCUACUGGAAAGGAAAUGGAAUAGCAAUAAUAAAAUGUAAUUUUAUCAUAACAAGCAAUGCAACAGGUACCAGGUCUUAAAUUAUUUUUCGCAGCCUUUUCCAGUAAGACCUCCUUUGACCUUCUUUGCAUGAAGGAUGAAUGUUAUUUCUUGUGCAAGAUGAUUAUCGUCAAAAUGACUAAAAUCUCAGGUUGAACAUGCAAAUAGUGAAAACCACUAUGGAUGGAUUAUUUAUUAUAGCUACAAGUGUUCCUCCAUAAGAAAAAGUUCACCUAAGGUUUUGGUGCAGUAAAGCACAGGUUUCAAAAGGUUAAUUAAUUUGAUCAAAUCACUUUAGGGAUCAACUGAUAAGGUUUUUCAUAACUGAUACUGAUCAUUAAUCACGGAGACAGAUAAAUAAAUUUUGCAAGUCAUACUUUUGUACUAAAAAUGAAAAAUGUGGUCAAAUUUUAGUGCAACUUGAACUCCUACACAAUAUUUUGUUGAAACUAUUUAAGUCUGAAAUAUUUCACUGUUACAUAUAGUCAGGUUUCACACUGACCUGGAGGGAUUUUAAAUAAGUACUAGUAACAAAAUACACAUUUUCUAACUGCAGUGUUGGUAGAUCUAUAACCAGUUAGAUGGUCUUACGAAUAGGAUCUUUUACUCUACAGAUUGGCAGCUGCAUCAGAGCCAAAGUAGCACAGUUUAAAAUGCAUUUAUUUUAUGGGAUAUUCUAUGAAAAAUGCUGAUAUUGUUAAUUGUAUGGUGUUGAAUGUAUCGGUCAAGGCCUGUAAUUGGUUGAUCCCUACUUCACUCCCCUUUCUGGAAGCCUGAACUCCCACCCGUGAUUGUUCAAAAUGAUUAACUGUGGUACAUUUUUAAUUUAAAUUAUAAUCUCACGCUAUGCUUUGUGAUAUCUGAAAUUAGGUCAACCUAAAAAUGGUUUGACUUCUUUAAUUAUGAUAAUUAAUGGUGCUGUGAGGGAUUUCAUAUUGUGCCAAUAAGGCAGUGAUCAACAUUUCAAUGUCAUUUGAUAAAUUUUUAUUUAAAGUGAAUUUUUUAUUUAAUCUGCUUGUGAUUAUAGCAGUCUGUGUGCUCAUUUUCAGCAAAGUUUUGUGUUUGAAUCAGUUCUCUAAGCUAUGCCUUGUCUCAGUCAGCCUCACGACACUUUCCUUAUGAGACUGGAAUAUUUGGUUUUCAGUUUUCUCAAACAGAAACACAAGUGCCAAGGGUACAUGAGUGUAACUGGGCAUAGCCGAUAACUCAUUAGUGUAGCUUGACAGUCACUAGUUUUAUCUGUUGUUUUUUUGUUUUUUUAAGUAAGAGCUGGCUCUCCCCCUACUGGUCAGUCCUUACACGACACUCCAGACAUCUUGAUCUGCUCCAUUUUGAAUCUUUAGUUUGCAAGAAAUGAAGUUGAACUGGGAAUGCUGACACAACACAGAGUUGUUGAUUUUCUUAUUCUCUUAUUUGUAUUACAUCAACAAUGGACAUGUACAUUUCAUUGUCCGAAGAAAUCAUUAAACAUCCCUUUGCUACA